AUGGCGUUUGGACGGCCAACAGAUCACGCUACAAAGCGGCAUUUCAUCAGCCUCGGUCGGCCUCCUCCUCUCCCUGGCACAAACAAGAAGCGCUGCGAGCGAUACAGAUGCAGACACUGCAGCAAAGAGCAGGCCGCAGCCUCACCGCAGAGACUUAGGGAUCAUCUCGCAGGUUGGUCUGUAUUGAAGGCUACGCAAGAGCAGCAAAGCUCUUCUGUGACUAUUCCCAUCCAGGAACAACCACAGAAGAAGCUUAUAUCCUCUGGAAUCCAGCGUAUUUCGAAGGACGAAAACGAUACCCUCGUCUACGAUGCCGCCGCUGCCGUGAUCUCUGACGGGCGGCCAUUUAACCUCUUCGAGUCUCAGCGCUGGCACCGCUUCUUCGCUCGCAUUAAGCCAGGCUGGAUGCCUCCUUCUCGCAAGACAAUUACCAGUCUCCUUCCUUCCGUUGAUCAGGAGGUUAGAAAUGAGGUUCUCCGGCAGAUCCGAGCAGGCAUGGACAUCUUACGAAUCUAUCGAAUCGAACGCCAAGCCUUGGCGUUGAUCGAUCAUAGCUGA